GAUUAUAUUUUUUUUUGAAGAGUAUAUUGAGAUUUUAUUUUGAUGAGAAAUAAAUAUUUAAAUUAAUGAAUACGGGUUCCCAGGGAGAGAACGCCGAAGUUAUUGUUGACGAGUUCGAGGUACUCGCUAAAGAAACGUUAGAUAGGAUAAUUGAUAUUUUAGAAAACGAUAGUAUAUUAGAUAUUAAUUUAAGUGAUAGUAAUAGUGAAUUAAUUAAUGACGAAGAAGUAAAUAGGUUAAUCGAAGAGGAUAAAUUAGAAUUAAAUAAAAUUAAUAAACCAGUAGACGAUAUAUUAAAUAAAAGUUUAAGAUUAAUUAAUUUAGACGAAUUUGAAAAUAACCCUACUACAAGUACAUGUAAGAUAGGAUUAAGAAGUAAUAAAAAUAUUAUUCAUACCGAGUAUAUACCAGCUAAGCGAACAGUAAAAACUAAGAAAAUGGCAACAUCUAAAGUCCCCACAUUAAAAGUCAUUGACGCUUUACAUAUGAUUCCCCAAUAUUCAGGACAAACCGAAAUGUAUCCGUUCAUAAAUGCAUGCGAAACUAUAAUUGAUUCAGUAGAUCCCGACCAAUUACCGUUACUAUUAAAAAUGAUAACCGCGACUAAAUUAACUGGUAGAGCUUUCAAUGUUACUAGAUAUAAGGAAAUUAAAGAAUGGAACGACAUUAAAAAAUUAUUAUUAGACGCAUUCGAAUCACCUUAUGGUGCCGCGAACUUACAAAUUGAACUUAACAUAAUAAAAUUUAAAAACGAUGAAACGAUUCAGGCAUAUAAUAACCGCGUAGAAGAAAUAUUCCAAAAAUUAUGCGACGCAGUAGCCGUAGGUAAACCGUCGUCCGAAGCAAUAGUAUUACGUGAAAAUAUUAAAGAACAAGCUAUGGUUAGUUACAUUAACGGGUUACCCAACGAAAUAAAAUUUGAGGUGAAAACUAAAAAUCCAAAUUCUCUUGACCAAGCAAUGCAAGUAGCAUUAGUAGCCGAUAAAAACAUACGAACAUAUAAUAAUGUACAAGAGAUUUUUAGAGCAAACCAUAACGAAUAUAAUAAGCAACCGAAUAAAUAUAACAAUAAUUAUAACAAUAACCGUGGUCAAAAUAAUAAUCAAAACACAUCGUAUCGUAACAAUAACAGUUUCCGAGGUAGGAAUAAUAAUCAAGUACAAAAUUCUAGGAACAAUAAUUUUAAUGUUAGGCGUUGUUUUACGUGUAAUCGCGAAGGACAUUUUUCGUCACAAUGUAGGAUGAAUAAUCAAACGUAUACGCGACCACCGGGCGGUAACACUAAUCAAAAUUCACGCGACACCUGCACGUAUUGUAAUAAGACGGGGCAUACAAUCGCGGUAUGUUAUAAAAAACAAAACGACGAACGUCGUAAUAAUUCGGGAAACGGGCAGAACUCUCACGCGACACACGGGGCGCGUGCGAUACAAACGAUAACCGUGGAUCCAUCAGAGAUUGCCUUCCAACCGUACUCACAACAAUAA